AUGAGUCAAGUUGAUAUCGAUCAGGCUGUGCAAAAUCUAAGAAAUCUGGCUUUCAUAGCUCAAGGAUAUUUAAAUAGGUAUAAAAAACUCAAAAGCGACUUGGAAAAUCUUGCUACAAAUAGUCAUUUGAACAGGGUUAAAGCUGAAUCAAAUGCGAUGUACUUGGAAGAUUUAAUGGGUCAUGCUGGCGAUUUGACAGGAUAUUAUAGCUCCUCACCUCGCUUUAAAUCAGUUGAAGAAGGAAAAUCCUAUGUUUUACAGCUAAUGAAACAAAUAAAACAACUACCAAAAGACACAAUUAUUGAAAAUAAGCAAGAACAAAUUAAAAAUCUUGUAGAAAAACUCAAUCAACAACAUAAUCAGUUGCAAAUUGAAGAAAAAAAUCUACAGAAAUUAAAAGAAGCAACAGAAAAACAAAAAUUAAAAGAUGAAGAAGAACAUCAACAACUUCUUCAACAAUUAGAAAAGGCUUCAGCAGAAUAUAAAACGUUACAUUCGCAAAAUAAACAAAAACGACAAAUAUAUAAAGACAAACAGAAAAUACUAGAUGAUCUUAAACAAAAACUGCAAGAUUUAAAUUUAGAAAAUAUGAAAAUCAAAAAAGACAUAGAAAACAUCGAUGAUGACCAUAAAAACUUAGACCAACGACGCAAUGAAGUUCGUAGCCAAGUAAAUCGGAUCAGAGAAACAGAAACAAGUCUAGAAACUUUAAGGCAGCAAUCAAUAGAACUGACUAAAGUGAAAGAUGAUCUAACGCAACAACAACUCAGGCUACAACAAGAUAUAUUAGACAAAAAGAAGAAAAUUGAUCAAAUUUUAUCUUUUAUCGAAAUUUCUCAAAAAUGA